AUAGAAACAAUAUCUUCAGACGAACAAUGACCAUGGCUAAAAUAGAUUCACAGCAAUUCAGGGAAUUGUUGAGUCCAGAAUUGAACCUUCUCUCCGAUGUAUUCAGUAAAAAUGGUCAUGAGCUGAGAAUAGCUGGUGGAGCUGUUAGGGAUUUAUUAAUGGGAAUACCACCAGCUGAUGUAGACUUUGCCACUACUGCUACUCCAGAACAAAUGAAGAAUAUAUUUACAGCAGAAAAUAUAAGAAUGAUAAAUGCGUUAGGGGAGAAGCAUGGGACAAUAACUGCAAGAAUUAAUGACAAAAUUAAUUUUGAAGUAACAACUUUAAGAAUUGAUAAGGUGACAGAUGGUAGAAGAGCGGAGGUAGAAUUCACUAAGGAUUGGGAACUAGAUGCAAACAGACGAGACUUGACAAUAAACUCUAUGUUUCUGGGAUUGGAUGGGACUGUUUACGAUUAUUUUGAUGGACAAACAGAUCUCAAGAAUCGACGAGUUAGAUUUGUCGGGGAUCCGGUUCAGAGAAUACAAGAGGAUUAUUUAAGAAUACUCCGUUACUUCAGAUUUUAUGGUCGUAUUUCUGAAUCACCUGAAAACCACGAAGAGGUGACGUUAAAUGCAAUCAGAGAAAAUGUUAAAGGAAUGGGAAUUAUCUCUGGGGAAAGGAUCUGGAGUGAAUGGAAGAAGAUAUUAUCUGGGAGAUAUGCUGGUCAGCUUACAGCUAAAAUGAUUGAGUUAGGACUAGCACCAUACAUAGGGUUACCGGUGAACCCUGACAUAGAAGAGAUGAUGAUGGUUUGGGAGAAAGCGGAGAAGAACAAUAUUAAGCUUAAUUCUCCGACCCUACUCGCUUCUCUUCUCAGGGAUUCUGAGGAGGUUUUAGCUCUUCAUGGACGGAUUAAACUAUCUGGAGUUGAGAGAGAUAAUUGUCUGUUUGUUGUUGAGCACAGAGGAAUUAAACCUGCCCCUACAGCUAUCCGACCCUAUCAGUAUUUAAUGGUGGAUUCUAAAUCUAAGCCAGCCGACACAAGGAUGUAUAUAAAUCAAGUUCUGCUGUAUAACGGAGACCUUGAACUGAUAUUGUUUAGGAUGUAUAUCAAUCAAGUUCUGCUGUAUAACGGUGACCUUGCACUAGCUGAAGAGUUUGAAUCAUGGGAGGCUCCCCGAUUCCCUGUAACAGGAAAUCAUCUCAAAGAGAAUGGAUGUCCACCCGGAAGAAUAAUGUCUGUAGUGCUAACAAAACUUAAGGAUAUCUGGAAGGAGUCGAACUUUGAGAUGCCCCUGGACAACUUGAUUCUUCAGAUCCCCAGUAUUCUUGAAACAGUCAGCGUAGAGGAUAUUCAGAAGGAAAAGAGACCAAAAUCUAGACAGAGAAGAUAGAUUAUUAACUGAUCAUUGUUUCAUAUUUUUGGAUCUCAGUUCUGGGGUUUAAGCAAACCUGUUUCAUUGCUCACACUUAAGCAAACCUGUUUGAUUGCUCACACUUAAGCAAACCUGUUUCAUUGCUCACACUUAAGAAAACCUGUUUCAUUGCUCACACUUAAGGUUCAUCAAUUUACGGAUAAAAUUUUUCUUUAAAAAAAUUAAGUUUCCUCGCAAAUCAUCACAAAAACGAAAAUUGUUUUUUUUUUGGUAAUGCUUCCCAGCCGGAUUCAAUUAAAAAUAUGUUCAAAAGGACAGACUCCUCCAGAGUUUAAAUAUAUCUGUGAUAAAUUUUAAGAUUAGCAAGGCACCACUGUGAUGUUGUUUAUAAAACAUUUUUUUGUAUUUCAGA